AUGAAGAUAGAGAAGAAGAAGAUAGUAGAUGAAGAUUAUAAUUCAGGCAUCGAUGUCGAGUGGAAUCAUAACCAUUCAAUUGAUUCGCUGCACUCUUUGAGUUUUAAAGACAUUCCAAUGAAUGUAACAAAAACCAACACCCAGAUGUAUGCUAGUGGUUUAUUGCCUGGGGCAGCUCAUCGAGAAUUUUUACGUCAACUGAGGAGCGAGUGCCAAGAUGACCUUGAGUACCAUAAGAGACUUUCAGAUCGGUCUGAAGCACCUCGAUGA